GGCGCAGAGGACCUGUUGCUGGGAUCCCGUGCAAGCGGCGCGAUGUGGCUCACGCUGGUGUUGCUAGCGGUCCUCCUGCUGGCUGGCUUUCUUAAAGUUUACCUGGGGCUGUUUCGAGGGCGCUCCCCGAACCCCUUCUCUGAGGACGUCAAGCGACCACCUGCUCCCCUCGUGACUGAUAAGGAGGCCAGGAAGAAGGUGCUCAAACAAGCUUUCUCAGUCAGCCAAGUGCCAGAGAAGCUUGAUGCGGUGGUGAUUGGCAGUGGCAUCGGGGGCCUGGCCGCAGCAGCGAUUCUGGCCAAAGCUGGCAAGCGAGUCCUGGUGCUGGAACAGCAUACCAAGGCAGGGGGCUGUUGUCACACCUUUGGAAAAAAUGGCCUUGAAUUUGACACGGGAAUCCAUUACAUUGGGCGCAUGAAGGAGGGCAGCCCUGGCCGGUUUAUCUUGGACCAGAUCACAGAAGGGCAGCUGGACUGGGCUUUGCUCUGCCCGCUGUUUGACAUGGUGGUGCUCGAAAGGCCCGAUGGCCGGAAGGAGUUCCCCAUGUACAGUGGGAGGAAAGCAUACAUUCAAGGCCUCAAGGAGAAGUUUCCCCAGGAAGAAGCAGUUAUUGACAAGUACAUGCAGCUGGUGCAGGCAGUAUCCAAUGGAGCCAGUCAGAUGAUCAUACUGAAGUUCCUCCCGCUGCCCGUGGUUCAGUUCCUGAACAGGUGUGGGCUGCUGACUCGCUUCUCUCCGUUCCUUCGCGCGUCCACACAGAGCCUGGCUGAGGUCCUGCAGCAGCUUGGGGCCUCUGCUGAGCUCCAGGCCGUGCUCAGCUACAUCUUCCCCACUUAUGGUGUGACCCCCAGCCACAGCGCCUUUGCCAUGCAUGCCCUGCUGGUUGACCACUACAUCCAAGGCUCCUAUUACCCCCGAGGGGGUUCCAGCGAGAUUGCCUUCCACACCAUCCCUGUGAUUGAGCGGGCUGGGGGUGCAGUCCUCACGAAGGCCACUGUGCAGAGUGUGCUGCUGGACUCAGCUGGCAAAGCCUGUGGUGUCAGUGUGGAGAAGGGAAAAGAGCUGGUGAACAUCUACUGCCCCGUGGUGAUCUCCGACGCCGGACUGUUGAACACCUACCAGCACUUGCUGCCGGAAAGCGCCCGCUGCCUGCCAGCCGUGAAGCAGCAGCUGGGGAUGGUGCGGCCUAGUAUGGGGAUGAUGUCCAUUUUCGUCUGCCUGCGUGGCACCAAGCAGGACUUGGGACUGCAGUCCACCAACUAUUAUGUUUAUUUCGACACGGACCCGGACAAAGCGAUGCAGCGCUACACCUCCCUGCCCAGGGAGAAGGCCGUGGAACACAUCCCGCUUCUCUUCAUCACCUUCCCGUCCACCAAGGACCCGACCUGGGAGGACCGCUUCCCAGAUCGGUCUACAAUGAUCGUGCUGUUGCCCAUGGCCUUUGAGUGGUUUGAAGAGUGGCAGGAGGAGCCGAAGGGAAAGCGGGGUGCCGACUAUGAGACACUCAAAAACUCCUUUAUCGAAGCCUGCAUGUCGGUGGCCGUGAAACUGUUCCCACAGCUGGAGGGGAAGGUGGACAGUGUGACCGCAGGGUCCCCAUUGACCAACCAGUUCUAUCUGGCUGCUCCUCGAGGUACAACCUAUGGGGCUGACCACGACCUGAGCCGCCUGCACCCUUAUACAGUGGCCUUGAUGAGGGCCCAGAGCCCCAUCCCCAACCUCUACCUGACAGGCCAGGACAUCUCCACCUGUGGCCUGCUCGGGGCUGUGCACGGGGCCCUGCUGUGCAGCAGUGCCAUCCUGAGGCGGAACUUGUACUCGGACCUCAAGGAUCUUGGCUCCAGGAUCCAAGCACAGAAGAAGAAGCAGCAGUAGUUUGGCCAGGGAUGACUCAGAGGAACUGGCACAUCCCUGACUCACCCAUAUGCCUUUCUGCAUUAAAUCUGCACACACGAA